CCGCUUUAACUUCUUAUAUAUACCAUGCAAAUCGCUUCACACGUUGUCCACAAAUAUCCCGCACUCAAAGAACAUUGCGAUAUCUAUAGUAAUCGAAAGGCCAAGCACGUCUUUUGGGAAGAUCAGGUUGCUCAUAGCCUGAGUAUCGUUGACGCUGCGCCGAAUAAAUUGAUUUGGGAAUUCACAGUGGAAGAAAUUCACUGCAACCAACUUGGAAACCUGCAUGGUGGCUGCGUAGCAACGAUUAUCGAUAUCUGUAGCAGUUUUGCCAUCCUGGUGCAUGAAGGAAAGGCGAAAUGGUCGUUGAUUGGUGUGUCAACCGACUUGUCAGUGUCCUACAUGCGUGGCGUUCCUGAAGGUGUGACCAUCCGCCUUGAAUGUGAGGUUCAGCGUGUAGGCAAAACUUUGGCAAAUAUUUACACCAAAGUUUACGAUGACCACGGCAACAUAUGCUAUUCUGGAUCACACAGCAAAUACUGUAUCGACAGCCGGUUAUAAUAUUUUGUAACAGAGGCUUUGCCAAUUACGAGAUUUGACUUGGUGCUAUCCCAUAUUUUGAAACUGAUCAGAUGUUCAUACCGGUAUAUUGUCGCUUUCUACGAAUAGUGGAUCACCUAUAUGCUGGCGAGAUUCGAUAUCUUUUUCUCUUUAGAAGAAAACCUUAUUAACAAAUAAACCACAUUCACACUACCCA